AUGGAAGUUCACGAGAAAUUCUUGACCAUGGAUCGCAAGGCCUUUAUAGAAUACUUCAACAGUCAGAACUUCUCAUGGAAAAUCACUGAUUAUAAUCGAACUUUUCAAUACGGCUGCCUUGAAAGUCCAAUCGGAGACGAAGGAUUACCACGAGAAUGCAAUGUACUCUUACAAGACUUGCCGAAAAACUUUGACGCGAGAGAAAAAUGGCCCCAAUGUGAAACUAUCAAAGAAAUUUAUAAUCAAGGACAUUGUGGAUCUUGUUGGACUUUUGGAGCUGCUACUUCAGCAUCAGAUAGAACUUGUAUCCAUAAAAACACACACGUACAUUUAGCUGAACAAGACUUCGAAUGUUGCCUAGACCAUGUAUGUGAGGGAGGUAUUCCAUACUUUGCUUUUUCAUUCUGGCAAAAAGAAGGUUUGGUGACUAAUAAAUGCAAGCCGUAUGACAUAGAGAAAUUAAAUAAGAACACGUGUGAGAAAGAAUGCGUUGAUAGGAACAUAUCUUAUACUAAAGAUAAGCAUUAUGCAGAAAAGGUUUACCAACUCGACAACGAUGUAGAUUGUAUUAAAUCUGAGUUAGCCCAAAAUGGCCCUAUACAAGCCUCUUUUGUAGUGUUCGAGGAUUUCCCAGAUUAUCGUUAA